AUGCUGCGCCUCAUCGCUGUCGCGUCGGCGAGCAUUCGUGCGGCAGCCUGGCAGCACCACAGGACGCUGUCGCGCCAGCACACGCGGCGCCAGGCCGACCUCUACGGCGGUCAGGACACGCAAAGGAAUGAAGACAUCGAGGCGCUGAAACGCGCGUUUUACGGCGGCGGGAGCGAGGAUACGUUCCGCGACGCCGCGGCGAGCGACGCGCGGCUCGUCGCGACGGCCAACGAGUUCGGGUUGAUCAAGGACGUGCCGUUAUGUAGAUGGAGCAUGCAUUUAUUGCCGCACCAGCAGCCCAUACCUGUGUGGAUAAUCAACCAGUGCGUCGGGUGCACGCGAUAAUUCCAGGCUCCGUCGAGCGGUGAGGGAACCGGCAUCGCCACGCCAUCGAGCAGGCAUCGCGUCGAUGGCGUGAACGCGCCGCAAAUGUUGAUUUCCACACAGGACCAUACUAAAUGUCUGGCAGCCGCAGUACACCCACAUGUUCGAGGAACUCGUCCGCGGCCCGGAGCCCUGGCUCUACGCGCAUGUGCAGCUCCCCGGCGGGCGCGACAACAUCGGCAACCCUGAUUAUGAUCUGAAGAACGAGACGUCCUUGGCGCCGCGCACCGGCACGCUCAUGCGCGUCGCGCGCUACGAGAAGCAGCCGGACAACCGCUGGGCCGUCUGGGUCCAGGGUCUGGCGCGGUGCAGGGUCGAGAAGGCGCUGCGGAACAUGCCCUACGCGCGCGCGGACAUCCGGAUAAUCCCGGACGGUCGAUGGCUGUGUGGAAUUUUCACGCCAUCGAGCAGACGCAGCUACGGAGAAAAUAUCGCGUCGAUGGCGUGGGGCGCCCGAAAUUUGAUGCCCACACAGGCGAGGCCUUCUCGCACUUUGGGGGGACGUCCGCGUUCCCGGAGUGCUGGUCCGCGGCGCUGCUGGAGGACGAGGCGUUUGCAAGAGUUGAAUUCUUGCCGCCGCCGGAAUCGGCCGACGUCGCGCCCGUGUGCCAGUUCGACGUGGCCGCGGCGACGGCGUGGGACGGGGAAGGACUGGAAGGAAUCUACGCGGCGCCGCUGUCGGUCGACGCCGACGCGCGGAACGCCGCCGACGCGGCGGACGCGUCGCUGCUCGCGGAGCGCGAGCGCGACGUCUGGCUGAAGCUCGACGAGCUCCUGCGGCGGCUGUCCAGCGUCUCGCCGACGGCCGUGCCCGUCAGCGUGGACAUCAAAUUUAUGGCGCGUUCGUCCUGAAUCACCGCGUCCACCUCCACGCCAUCGACGCGACGCCUGCUCGAUAGCGUGGCGGUGUCGGUUUCUCACCGCUCGACAGAGCCAGCGGCCACGUCUUCGCCGAGAAAUGACUUAGUGAAGAAUUAUCGGGUGCACCCGACACACUGGUUGAUUUACACACAGGUGCCCGUGCCAUCUCAAAUUCUAGGGCUAUUGCCACCGGACGGAGACUGGCCCGCGGACUUCGCGCUGACGGCCGUCGCAGCGCGGCUCGCUUCCAACGUGGCGCCGCCGGACCCAUUUAAUCGCCGCUACACGACCCCCCCGGGCGGCUACCCGGCGCACCGCCGCGCCGCGCGCCUGAGCUACGCCGUCUGGGCCGUCGUCGGCGGCCAGGCGCAGCCCGUCCUCGACGCGCGGACGACGGCCGAGCGGCUCGCGUUGGCGCUGCGGCGGCUGGAGGCGUUGUGUGAUGGGUUGGCGGCGGAGGGUGGUUAA